CAGUCGUUCCGCCACGUUUUGACGGGGUGGCGUGCGUUUUUGUUCUUUUGUUCUUGUCAUAUGCCUUUGCCUCACUCACCAGGCAACACUUUUCAAUCGCAUUUGCAGUUCUUUUCUUUGCAUCAUCCCAUCUAGAAUUCAAUCUCCCUUUCAAUAUCUUCUCAUUUCUCAUAUCAUCCAAAGGUACUUCUUUUUUUUUUAUUAAAAAAAAAUCUUCCUUUUUUGGUCUUGGUUUGUUGUUUUGAUUUCGAGUAUAUCCCCACGAGGACAGGCACAAUCAAGUUGCUGUUUCUCUCUCCGCAGCCAUGUUAGACACAAUCAGGACCACGUUGGGUUCCGACCUGAGCAAGCGAUGGAUGCAAGAACAGGUCCCAAAGUUGCCGCCCAUCAGCCCCUGGUUGAAGGGUGCCUUUGCCUUUGAUUUCUUCAUCUUCCUGCCGCUGCUCCUCUUUGCCAACUACACUCUUGCUUCCGUCUUCACCACUUUGGCCGUGGUCGAGAAUCCCGAUUCGGCCCCGUCGUACGCCGCCCUCGCCGCCCACGAUGAGGAGGACGGCUUCGCCCCCGCAGCUACCCAACCCCUGCGCAAGAAGCCCGACGUAAACUCCCCGCUCGCACUUGCCGGCGUCGUAACCUCGAGCAUGCGCGCCACCUUCCGUCACCUGUACAGCACGGGAGGCGUGCGCAUGUUCGUCCGUGGCAUGGUCUGCGCCUGGGCCAUCUUCGUCGCCGACACCUUCAUCGGCGGCAUCUUCCUGGCCAUCCCCUUUGUGUUCCCCUUCGGCCGCCUGGCAGCCUACCUGGCCCUCUGCCAACUGCACACCGCAUGGGUCCACAUCGUCAUCUCGGACCGGCCCCGCGGCAGCCUUGCCUUCUGGCGCCGCCUGCCGCCGUUCGGCAAGACCUUCAACGCCACAAAGUACGCCGUCGGCCUCUUCUGGCUCGCCGACACCUUCACCGGCACGACCCCUUACGUGAUCGGCACCUUCAUGGGCGACGACGGGAAAAUGUCAGGCAAGACUGUCUUCGCCCUCUUGGUUUUUACCACCCUCAUGCUUAUCGUCCGCCUGCCGGCCUUUGUCGCCCUCACCCUUGUGCAGGCCAGCCUGCUCCCUGAGGAGGAAGGGACAGUCGUCCCCUUUGAUCGUUCUUUUGGCGGUCGUGUCGGACCUUCGGAGCUGGGCGGCGCUGAGUACCUUUCGGUCCGCGAUGCCAUCAGGAGCCUGAACCGUGAGUCUUGGGUCCGGAUCAUCAAGAUGUUUCUCAAGACUUUCCUUGUCAUUGUCGCCUUGAUGAUCGUUAUCAGCCUCGUAGUUGCGGUCCAGGUGGUUGUUCUCCAGCCUCACGGCGGCAAGCACUGAGGUGGGAUUCUUAUUUGUUAAACCGCUUGAUAUGGCUCGUUUUCUUCGAGGUGCACGAUUUGAACAAGGUUGUAUCUUUUUUUUGGCACGGUAUAUUUUGCUGGUCGUUUAGUACUCGGUUUCGCUCCUUUCUCGCUCUGAAAGAUCAGUAGUCAGCUCGUGAGGCCGCAUCUAUUCAUUAGAGUUGCAGGAUACAUGUACACAACAGCCAACAUUCGGCAGAUCACAGUUUUUAGUAACAAUUCCCUUUGUAUCAGUCACAAAUUCCAAUAUAAGUCCGGUUGUUACUACGUGGAAC